AUGGUCCGCUUCGAGGCCUCUUCGGGGAAGCCGUCGAGUCCAGUGACCACCCGUCCCGAGCCUCCCCUGCGCGUCUUCGUGCUCUUCGUGCCGGACCAGAAGAUCUUCGGGCUCGCUCGCACCUUCUGGCAACACACCGGCCUCGGCAUCUCCUCCCGGUUCGCCGAACGGGCGCUGCGGCUCAUGGGCUCAUGUCCCGUGCGAGAGUCCGCCCGGAACCCGCUCAGCCCGAGCCUCGACGACUUCCCCUCGCCUCCCAACUCGCCCGCGGCUGCCCCGCGGCGCUACAACGUCAAGCAGAGCCCGAUGUUCCCGCUGCCUGCGCCGCCCAUCACCCCCCGGGUCGAAACGGACGAAAACACAUCGACCUACGUCGAGGAGCGCUACGGCCGCAACCUGCCCAUCCAGCAUGUCCAGGGCGCCAAGCUAGCACUCCGCCGCCGGAUCGCCGACAUCCUCGUCGAGACCCCGCCCUCCGACCGCUCCACCAGUCCGCCGGCAGCACUCAACCUCAAGCGCUCCGAGCGGGGCGCCGGGCAAUUGACCGAGUCCGACAUCUAUCUGUACCCCACCGGGAUGAGCUCGAUCUUCUACGCCCAUCAACUGGCCAUGGCCAUCCAGGCACGUCUCCGCCCCGGGCAGGAGAUCGGCAAGAGCAUCUCCUUCGGAUUCCCGUACACCGACACCCUCAAGAUCAUCGAGAAGUGGGGCCCCGGCGCACACUUCUUUGGCCACGGCGAAUCCGAAGACCUUGCCGCUCUGGCCCAGCUGCUCGCCCACAACCAGGCCCAGGGGCGGCCGCCGAUCGCCGCCCUGUUCUGCGAAUUCCCCUCCAACCCGCUCCUCAAAUCCCCCGACCUCGUUCGUCUUCGCGAGCUGGCGGACCAGUAUGGCUUCCUGGUCGUCAUCGAUGAGACCAUCGGAAACUUUCUGAACGUCGAGGUCCUGCCAUAUGCUGAUAUUCUGGUCAGCUCGCUCACCAAGGUGUUCAGCGGAGACAGCAACGUGAUGGGCGGCAGCAUGAUCAUCAACCCGUCGCAGAAGCACCACAGCACGUUGAAGGCGCUCCUGGACGGAGACCCGACGAGCGGGAGCGGGAUGUACGAGGACACAUACUUCGGCGAAGAUGCGAUAUUCAUGGAGCGCAACUCGCGCGACUUCCGGACGCGGGUGGCCAAGAUCAACACGAACGCGAGUGGGAUAUGUGCGUAUCUAAAGAGCCUGACCGAGUCGGGGGACAACAAGAUCAUCAAGGCGAUCCAUUAUCCGCGAUACACGACGCCGGAGAACUACGAGACGUGUCGGCGGAAGCAGCCCCCAGGCGGCUACGGCGGCCUGUUCAGCAUCAUCUUCAACGACCAUGCCUCCUGUGCCACGUUUUACGACCAUCUCCGCUCGUACAAGGGCCCCUCCCUCGGCACCAACUUCACCCUCUCCUCGCCCUACGUCAUCCUCGCCCACUUCCACGAGCUCGAGUGGGCGAGUCAGUUCGGCGUUGAUGCUAAUCUUAUCAGGGUCUCCGUCGGCUUGGAGGACUUGGACACGCUGCUCGAGUGGUUCAAAGACGCCUUCCUGGUCGCUAACUCCUCUUCGUGA